AUGAAGGCGACAUUUGCCGCAAACUGUGGGGUUGGUUGGCCAUUGGAUAGCAGCUACGAGCCACAGCCGCCGCCGCUGCCAGCCAAGUAUCCCUCACACGCACCAGGCAAGAAGCCAGCCUGGGAAUGCAAGCGGAACUACAACCGGACGUGCCCAGAUGGCUUCAACUUUGAUGGCGUCAUGUGUCACGAGGUGCUUCCUUUAGCCGCUAGCCAAUGCUGCAGCGCACUGCAGCGUGCAGUCGGAAAAGUUGCCCAAGAGGAGGAGGGCGAAGAACUCGACCCUUUGGCUCUUGAAGUGAUGAAGACUCGGAUCCUUCGCACUUCUGGUCGGAACAACAACCGCGAUGAUGCUGGCUUGGGCGCGCACAACUGCAGCGUUUGGGAUCCGAUGUCUUGGAAAGGAUUUAUGACAGGGUUUGGCAAGAAAGGGAGAGGGAAAGGUAAAGGAAAACAGUCACAUAAAGACAAAGAGGACAAAAAGCGCUCCGAUGAUGGAGGUCCCAAGGAGGCCACCACAGAAGAUCCAAACGUGGAGGACAAAGCGCCUCAAGAAAAGCAGAAAGGCGGCAGAGGCCUCGGCAAAGACCAAGGCGGCCAUGGAAAAGGACCAGGUGACGGGAAGCGUGCAGCAGGCGCAGGUAGCAACAAGAUUCCAGCCGCCCAGGCAAGUGGUCAGAAAGGCAAAGCUGGAAAGGAUCGAGGCAAGGGAGGCAAAGGAAAAGAUGACAGAGGGAAAGAUAGCAAGGGAAACGGUGGAAAGGGAAAGGACAGCAAAGGAAAAGGUAAAGGUGCCAGAGAUGACAAGAGUCGACCCCUGGGCAACGUCCCCUUGAACAUGGGGGCGGACAUCCCAUCAGGGGCUUUGACCUGGAAUCCAGACCCUUCAGGUAUGCUUGGCCGACCAGCCAGGCCCAAUGAUUCAGGCGGCUCUUACAUCGUUGAAGAGAUGCAGCGAAGCAUGGCGCAGCCCAUGUCCCAGGCGCUACCUGGUAUGGGUGCAGGCUAUGCACACAUGCCUGGAUUUCUGGAGGGCAACAACCUGAACAUGCAGAAUAUGAGUUUGCAGAACCUCAACGGAUUGCAAGGGCUUUCAGGACUCCAGCAACUGCAGUCCAUGGGCAUGGCCAACCAUGCUUUUGCUGCCUAUGUUCAGCAAAACCAAGGCACCCCACAAGGGGUCAAUGCUCCAAGCCCGGCAGCUUUAGGUAUGCCAAAUUUUGCCGAUUUACCCGCAACUUUGCGAAACCCGGCGGCAUCGCAACCUUGUCGGGGACCAGGAAGUCACAGCUUCUGA